AUGUCUGCCUGUGUAAAUGGCCAUUACCAAGUCGUCGAGCUUCUACUCAAAGAAAACCUCAACCCUAAUCAUCAAAGACAACAAGAUGGUGUGACUGCUCUGAUACUUGCCAGUGAAAAGGGCCAUCACCAAGUUGUUGAGUUUUUACUCAAAGAGAAUGCUGAUCCUAAUCUUCAAAAAGAAGAUGGAUGGACUGCUUUAAUGUUUGGUAGUCAAAAUGGCCAUCACCAAGUCGUUGAGCUUUUACUGAAUGAAAAUGCUAAUCCUAAUCAUCAAGGAAAAGAUGGAUGGACUGCUUUAAUGUCUGCCUGUCAAAAGGGCCGUCACCAAGUUGUUGAGCUUUUACUCAAAGAGAAUGCUGAUCCUAACCUUCAAACACAAACUGAUGGACUGCUUUGA